UUCAGUAUCAAGGAUUCAUUUCUCUUCACUUUUGCAGACAGUCCGAUAUCAAGUACUUAUCUCCCUCAUGCUGUCAAGUCAAACAAAAGACCAAGUUACUUUUGCUGCAAUGGAAAAGUUAAAAGCGUAUGGUUUAACAAUAGUGAACAUUCUCAAAACAUCAACUAGCAAACUUGGUGAACUUAUCUACCCUGUUGGCUUCUGGAAGAAAAAAGCUGAUUACAUUAAGAAUACCACCAAAAUUUGUGCUGAGAAUUACAAGGGAGACAUUCCACCCACAGUAGAAGAGUUGGUCAAACUUCCAGGUGUGGGCCCAAAAAUGGCACAUAUUACCAUGAAUGUGGCCUGGGGACAAGUGACCGGAAUUGGGGUUGAUACUCAUGUUCAUAGAAUUUCUAACAGACUGGGAUGGGUCAAAAAACCUACUAAAAUACCAGAAGAAACUAGAAUUGCUGUAGAAAGCUGGCUUCCAAGGUAAAAAUUAUUUAUAAGAUACCAAGUAAUGCAAAUCUUUUAUAUUUUGCUCCUUGUCCACCGAAUACUUAUGUCACUGUCACAGGCUCCAUGCAGGGGUUUUAGGGAAAUGGAUAUGAAACUGCAAAGGGUGCACACAAUUUUUCUCUCAGAGGGAGACAUUUUUCUGUUGAAAAUGUGAAAU